AUGGUUUCUUUGAAAGCUUCAAAACUUGGCAGCAACGUCGAUGCUUCAACUAAUAGUAAGAUAGUUAGGUAUCCGAAAACAUCUUGCGACACGCCUGAAACUUAUUCUAACAACAGCUGUCAACAGCAUAAACAAUAUGUAUGUAUGUUCUUAAAUACCAUUGACAUGUGUAGUGUAAACCGUUGGCGGGAUUCGAUAUCCAGGUUCAUUUCAGAAGAUAAAAUGAAGCUUCAAAAGAAAAUUUCAAUGGAGAUUAAAGCAAUCAAAUGUGAUCAAUUAUUUGCUACAUUGAAGGAAUAUCUGAACAUUAUGGUAAUGAAUGUUUACCUCUACGGCUGGUUCAACACACAAGAAAAAGCUAAAGCAAAGCAAAAUCAAUUAAAGAAAAAACAAUAA